UUCAUCGAAAUUAAGAUCAAAAAUCUAAACGAUUUGAAAGCAAUGAGCGGUAAAUGCGAUGACAUGUGUCUCACGGCUGGAGACAAACCCAAACGCAAGAGAGAAAGACUCGACCACUUGUCCAACGAUGAGAAGAUUAAACGCAGGAAAUUGCAUAACAGAGCGGCCGCUCAGUUGGCCAGAGAUCGCAAGAAAGUCAAAAUGAGUGAAUUGCAAGACACCGUUCACAUGAUCAACAAACAGAAACGACUUCUGGAGUGCAGUAAUGAGGCAUUGAUUACAAGAUGUAAAGCACUGGAGAGAGAGAACUGUGAGCUGAAGAGAAGGCUGUCGGAAGUGCCGACACAGGCGGUGGUGUCCGUCGAGGGAAGCGAUCGUAUCGUUGAGUCCGCAGAACUCAUUAAUGUUUCUCAGCCGCAGAGACACGAAACGAUUGCCACCGAAACGACGCCCAAACCUGUGUCACACUCGACGACGCCAUUCAUCUAUUGGUUAGCGGUUCUGAAUCUGAUUCAGUGCUUGAAUUCCUCCAACAAUGCUCUCAAGAACUGCUCGACACAGAGAUUGUCGCCGCAGACGACGCCGACGACUGUCCGCCAGUCAGCGGAUCAGCUGUCGAGUGCCGACGGCUCACUACCGACUCGGCCAACGCUGACUCUAUUGAACACUUGAACGAUGCAAACACUUUACCAUUCAGUCCUAAUUCAUGUCAUUCCGGAGAUUCUGGUUAUGAGUCCCCGGAAUCACCACUUAUUUUGACCGACGAUUCCUUUGAAGACAUUGUGGACAACAAUAUUGAUAUGCAAUGGCAGCAGAC